GCCUCUGCAGAUGUUGAUCCAGAAGCUUUUCGAGUCACCCGAUGCGUAGGCCAACGGAACCUUCUGUCCCGUCCGAGACGUUCUUCCAGCAUGCCCAUACUUAACCCGCAGCGUCGCUGCGACAGAAGGUUGUGUGGUUAAUCUCAGCCACCCCUCGCCAUUCUACGCAUCAUGCCCCAUGGGGAUGUAUACCUUGGCACGACUCGCAAACUAGUGCUAGCCAUAGACGUGGGAACGACUUACAGCGGGGUCUCAUUCUGCGUCUUGGAUCCUGGGAAGGUCCCUGAAGUUCACAGUGUUAUCAGGUACCCCGGACAAGAAGGCGAGAACAAGGCCAGGGACACGAAGAUUCCGUCUGUCCUGUACUAUGACGAGGAUGGCGAGGUCCGUGCCGCCGGCGCCGAGGCUGUAUCGGAUGGUACGCUGCUUGAAGCAGAGGAACAAGAAUGGAAUCGCGCUGAAUGGUUCAAACUACGUCUCUGCCCGGAGGGCAUGCAAGCAAAGGGCGAGCGAUUGCCGAAGAUAUGUAUCGACAAGUCUGUCGUUCAGAUCUUCGCCGAUUACUUGGCCUACAUCUACAAGUGCGCCAAGGAUUACAUCUCUGACAGCCAUGCACUCGGUAGGCAAGUACUAGAGACGGGCGCGCCCAUCGAAUUCGUGUUGAGUCACCCGAACGGAUGGGGUGGUAAGCAGCAGAGCAAAAUGAGACAUGCCGCAAUCUUGGCCGGCUUGGUUCCUGACAUGGAAGCCGGGAACGCUAGGAUAUGUUUCGUGAGUGAGGGAGAAGCAAGUCUUCACUUCUGCAUUGUCAAUGGACUCGUUGGCGAAUCGCUAAAGGACAGCCAACAUAUCAUGGUCGUGGAUGCUGGUGGCGGCACAGUUGACCUGAGUACGUACAAAAUUGUCAAAACAAUGCCUCUCAAUGUCGUCGAGAGUUCGGCUGCAGAUUGCCUUCUGCAAGGCUCGACGCUCGUAAACAACCGAGCGCGCAUCUUCCUUGAAGAUAAGCUGAAGGACUCGCGCUUCGCGAAUGACGACUUCGUGAACUCUAUGUUAGAGAGUUUCGAGUCCAGUGCAAAGCCUACUUUCAGAGACACGACGAAGACAUCGUAUGUCAAGUUCGGUGGGCCUCGUGACAACGAUGACAAGUGUGGCAUCAAGCGAGGUGUACUAGCAUUGUCUGGAGCCGAGAUGUUACACUUCUUCCGGCCGUCCAUCGACGCCAUACAACGAGCGAUCCAGCGACAGUUAUACCUCUCUGGUCGCCAUAUUUCUGUAAUCUUGCUCGUCGGGGGCUUCGCAGGGAGCCCGUUCCUGCGUGCACAACUCCAGGCCUUCGCGCGUCAAAAUGAUUUAGUGCUAUUUUUUCCAGAGCAUCAGACUGCCAAGGCUGUCGCUGAAGGAGCUCUCUGGUUCCACCUGGAGAACUAUGUUUCGGCUCGGGUUGCCAAGCACAUAUACGGGACAGACAAUCACACUGGAUUCCAGUCGUCGCUCUCUGAACAUAUUGAGCGACGACACAAAUCAUUUGUGCAUUCGGAUGGAGAGGUAGUCAUUCCUGAUGCCUUUACGAAGAUCAUUUCCAGGGGUACGCUAGUUACGGAAGAGCAGGAGUUUCGGGCUUCCUUCAUCUGGAAGAGAUACUUGCCCAUAUCCCGUAUCAAAACUAGCAUUUUGGCGUAUCGAGGAACGUCAGAAGAUCCACGGUGGGUCGACAAAGAGACUGAUAUGUUCUCUACUCUGUGUCACAUACGCGCGGACAUCCCUCCGACCUGCUGGAAGUCAAAAACAGGAAAACUGGGCGAUUACUUCUCAGCAUGUUGCGACGUCAUCUUGUUGUUCGGAUUGACUGAACUGAAAGCCCAACUGUGCUGGGUCGAAAAUGGGCAAGAGUGCAGGUGGGCUCGGCAUCACUACUCGCUCAUCACCGUCGCUCAGCAGUCACGCUAUAGGAGCCAAGCAGUCAUUGUCUACGACGACGAGUCCUCAUAGACCAUGGAUUGAAUGGCAUAGAACUCACACAUGUCGAUACUAAGCAACUUUGCACGUUGUCAUUGCAGAUGAAUAUUGAAUACAUUGAAGUGGGCUCACGCGCAUCGCGAGUCGGCUUGGCUGGGAUACAACCGGGACACAACG